AUGAAUUCAAUUAAGUUGACAGCAGUUCUUGCCUUCAUCUCAGUCGUCUCAGCUGGCGCAAUCAGCUACGCAAAGAGAUCCGACAAAUUCAACUCUGAACUCAACUUCAAUCAAGGAUCAUCAUGGGGUGAAAUGGAAGCAGAUUCAGGCUUAUGGAACGGUGACAUUAAAGGUGACUUCCAUGCCUACCCAAAGUACAAAUUCGAAUAUGGAGUCAAUGAUCCACACACACAUGACCACAAGAGUCAAUGGGAGCAUCGUGAUGGAGAUGUUGUUAAGGGUGAAUACACAUUGGAUGAAGCUGAUGGAACUAAACGUGUUGUCAAGUAUCAUGCUGAUGAUAAGACUGGAUUUACUGCUCAUGUUGAACGUAUUGGACAUGCUAGUCGUGCUGUUAGUUUGGCUUAUGGAAAUGGUUAUGGAAGAUUUUAA